UCGUUACUUUCUUCUCAGGAUUAUAUGUUUGUCUUGUCGAUUCAGCUGAAACGGCUGACCGCCGGCACACACUUAUGACGUACACGCCGAAAGCGAAGAAGCAGGGUGAUGAGUGAUAGUUAAGAUUCAUGAGACCCUCAGAGAGAUGACCUUUGUUGAACAGCUGACUUGAUUUAUCAAACAAAGGAUCAAUUUAUUUGAUUAUUUCAGUCCCUUAACUGAGCAGAUUUUUCGAACAAAAAGCGGAGCAUGUGAUUCCACAUGGAAAGAGCGCUUACUAGAAAAGAAGGAAAAAACCAAGGCAGGCACGAUCAGGAAGGAAGAAACUAUUGAAUAGCAUACCGCAAGAUGAGUGGAAGGAACAUGUCGAAACGCAGAUCAUGGAAAGAGCUUUAAAGAACACACAAAGCUGGCCGAAAGUCAUUUGUGACCAACACUGACGUCAAACUUCGUCAAAGUCCAUCUUCACACAAAGAUAUUUCUUCCAAAAAUUAUUUGCAAGCAGAGCAAAAUCAUCAUUAUGUCUGAAUCUGAGUCAAUUUUUCACGAUGUGACCGUCAUUGGGGCUGGUUGGUCAGGGUUAAUGGCGUGUAAGUACAUGCUGGAGUUUGGACUGACUGUUGCCACGUUAGAGAAACGUUCAGAGGUAGGUGGGUUGUGGUGUUUCUCAGAGGACCCUAACAUUGUCACAGUCAUGCAGACUACAAGAACGACUUCAUCAUCAUCCGUGACAGAAAUGUCAGAUUUUCCAAUGCCGGAGGAGAUUGGAUGCUUUCCCAAGCACGCAGACAUCUUCGCCUACUUGAAAUCCUACUGUGACGAGUUUAAGUUGUGGCCUCACAUUCGACUGGAUCACGGAGUGAAGUCAGUAGAGAAGAGAGACAACCUGUGGCGAGUUGAAUGCGAGAACGGCAGCGUGUUCACCAGCAAAUUCUUGAUAAUUUGCACAGGCUGUGUACAGAAGCCUAAUCGAGUUCUGGAACAGACUCUCCUUAAAGAUUUCGCUGGCAAAAUCUACCACAGCUCUGAGCUCAAGUCAUUUGUCCCUGAGCAUAAAGGCAAACGAGUGAUGGUAAUUGGUGGAGGCGAGACUGCCAGUGACGUGGUUGAAGAAUGGUGUGACAACGUAGAUCGCCUUAUUUGGAGUAUACCACGUGGAAUGCAUUUCUUCCGUAAGUUUGCAAAGAUUCUGCCGAACCGACAGCCCCAAGUCCUGGACAAGGCUUCAUCUCGUGCAAUGAAAUUCGUCGCUCCUUUCACAAAGGGAAAACCAGGGCUGGCGUGGGUAUGUAAGUGGACGUCAAACGGUUCACUACUCGCCUAUCAAGGCCAUGGUAUAUCCGAGUGGAAAAAUGACACCAAAUUUUUUCAGUGUUUCGUCAACAAAAAUGGUCAUGUGCUUGAUAUGGUUGACUACAACCGUUGUAUUCCAAAAGGCGCAAUUGAGAGCGUGAAGGGUAACGAAGUACAUUUCUGUGACGGCACAGAAGAAGAGGUUGAUAUUAUCAUUCAGUGCACAGGUUAUAAGGCAGAAUUUCCCAUGCUCCCCGCGGAAAUAAAGACGGUUCCUCUCACCCACAACUACAAGUAUCUGUUCAACGUCGAGGACCCGACAUUGGCUUUCAUCGGAUAUGUUCGGCCAGUGCUCGGAUCAUUGAUCACUUUGGCUGAGAUUCAAUCGUUUUUUAGCGCGAAAGUUUUCUCGGGACUGUGUGAGCUUCCUUCCCGAGAUGAAAGGCAGAGAAUAGCUGUGAAAGACAAGUUAUUUUGGGACGACUACUUUAAAGAUUCCUCCCGUAGACUUUCUACCUUGGUGGAAGCCUACACUUACGGAGAUGACAUCGCUAGGUUAUGCGGAAUAUUCCCUGAUUUCUGGACAAUGUUCAAAAGAAAUCCGCGUCAAGCAAUAACGGCGAUAUGCGCUCCAUACGAUAGCUGUUCAUUUCGCUUAAAUCAGCCAGAAUACCGAGAAAAGGCGUUACAGCACCUGCGGUACCAGAUGUCUGGGACUUUCUCUCCAAUACAUUUACUGCUCAUCCUCUUCAUGCGGCUGAUCUGGUUCGACUUCUGGCUGGAUGUCCUGGGCGAAAUCAAGUACAAGAUCCAGUGCGCAGGAUGGUGGAAAAAGAUAAGAGAUUGUCGACCCAUUCGUUUCUUAGAUUGGUGCUGGCAGGCUCCUAAGAGAUGGCUCUUUGAUAAUAAAACAAGAGCCUGACAAAGUACAACUCAUCACUCAAUAAUAACCAGUGCUCGUAACCGAGAGUGGUACUUAUAUUUUUCAAUUAUUCAUCAAGACUCUAUCAACGUCACCCAAGAUGUAAUAAUUUCCUUAUUCACAGGGUAAGGAGAGUGCUUAGAAUUUGUCCUUGUGGUACUCUCCUUCGGAGCCGUCGUUUGGUCUCGUCGCGCAACGUUCUUUUCCCGACCGACAGCUUCUUAAACCAGAUGCACAUUCCUUUCCCAAUUGUAGUUAAUAAGGUUGCGGUUGAUAGUUUUUCGAUCUAGCCGCGCGAAGACUUCUUCUCUAGUCACAGCUCGUUUCUUGUCAGGUAACCAAGUUUUCGGCCGAUCACCAGCGGAUAGUCUGUAAAUUUAAAUUAGGUGGGGGAGAGAAUGUUGCACGACGAGACCAAGGGGGGUUUAUGAUGGUUUUGUUUUUAUAUCCAGACAAGUUUCAGUCUCUAAACAUUAAUCCGUGGAAACUCGAUAAGGACAAGAGAGACAAGAUGCUGAAUAUAAACGAUCUGGACAUUGCGAACACGGAACUAAUCAAAUUAUUAGGAGUUCACAUAGAUGAUAAUCUCAAUUUUACUGAGCAUAUUAGCAAAUUAUGUACUAAGGCAAGCCAGAAAGUCGGAGUACUCUCUUGUCUUCAAAACUUAAUACCCUGCAAGGUUAAGCCACUACUGUAUAAAUCUGUUAUACUUCCCUAUUUAACUUACUGCCAUUUAACUUGGCAUUUUUGCAAGUCAUCCCACAAAAGGAAGCUAGAAGGAAUACAAGAAAGAGCCCUAAGGGUGAUAUAUAAAUCCCACUCUGACCCAUAUGAAGAACUUUUACGACGUGCUGAUAUACCUUCUUUAUAUAACAGACGGCUUCAAGAUAUCACUACACCUAUGUACAAAGUUAAACAUGGUCUCGUACCUUAUUGCGUUUCCGAUAUAUUUGUCUGCAAUAGUUCUACACACUCGCUGCUUAAUGGUGACUUCGUAUUACCACGUUUUAGAACUACACGAUACGGCGAACACUCUUUUAGAUAUCUUGGGUCUUUCUUAUGGUCAAAACUUACCGUAAAUCAGAGGAAUUCCCCCAGUUUACCCGUUUUUAUUAAAAAGAUAAGAAAAAAUUGGAUCUUACGGACAUUUUAACCAACGACAGCAAUUGCUGUAAUCUUUGUAACCACUAGAAUAAGUACCAUAUGUUAAUUAGUACCAUAUAUAUAAGUAUAAUAUAAUACCACAUAAUAUAAGUAUCAUAUGUUAAUUAGUAUUACUAUUUUAUUGGUGUUCCCAAUUAGUCCAUCUAGGC